AUGGAAACAUGGGAAGUCAUAGCAUCGGUAAAAGAAGCAACAAAGGACCUUGACUUUAGCCUAGAUCAUCCACUCAUUAUCAAAUCCGAAGAACUGCCCAGCCACAUUCUUCGAUUACUGCAACAGGAGAAUAGACGUCAGCUAAAGCAUAUCUGCAUGGAAUCUGAGAAGGUGUAUUUUUUGUUAGAAGAAUAUGGACCAGGAUUUUGGGUGAAAUGGCCGUUCAAUUGUUUUAAUGGAUAUAGCCUACCAGAAAGACAUGAGAAAGCUGCAGCAUCACUAGAAAGAGACACACACAAGCGUGAAACAUCAAAAACAUGGGACGAAUUAAAGUUCAAAGAACUUCUUUUUUUAUGGUCAGAAGAACCUAAGGGUUUGCUUAAGUCUGAAAAGGACAAAAACCUUGUACUGGAUAUGAAGCCACCAGAUACGAAGCACGAAUCAAAGGUCAAUGAUGAUUACUCUGACCCUAAAGAGUACAUAGAAAGUAAAUAUUAUGAUGCUCUUUUUUCCAUACAUACGCCUUUAGCAUAUUUCGUUAAGUCGAAUUUAGUAAGGCUCAAAAAUACAUGCCGAACGAAAUACGGGAAUGAUAGUUACAAGAUAGCGUACCAAACUAUACUGCAGAAAUUCCUUCUAUCAGUUGUACAAUUUAAAGAUAGACACGAUAACAGACUUCUAUUAGAAUCCAUUCCAAGUUCCAUAGCAGAUGAGAGGAGGAAAAACUGUCUCACAAAAUUCGCCAUGAAAGGUGGAAACAAGACUACUCCAGCUAUUACAGAUUUAUGUGUUGUAUUGAAAUCUCGGGAAAUAAAACUGCAGAUAUUGCUGCUAUUGGAAAUGAUAGGAAUGAACAAUUUAGACUGGAAUUUCAAAGAUUUCGAGAAAAAAUAUAAAUCAAGAUUAAAGAAGAGAUCACUUAAUCUGACGAAGAAGGAAUUGGUUCGCAGAAAAUCCAAAAGAUCCACUAACCAAACAGACAAAGAUUUUGCGAGGAUAACAACUUCUUUAGAUUACUGUGAACAAUUAGACUUGUAUUUAGAUAGGGCAUGUAUCCUGGAUAUUUUACUAUCAAGUGAAGCGCCCAACCCAAAUGCCAUAGAAGGAUCCAAUGGAAUUAUAAAAGAGCAUAAGAAAAACAUCCUGGAUAAAAAUAAAGAGGCCUCGUUGGUGGGGUUUACGAAUUACGUUCUUAUCCCAUACUUCAAAAAAAAAGUGCCAUACACCGUUGAGUUUAUUAUUCAGAAAUUCAAGGGACCAAGCAUGAGACCGAAAACAGCUCCGAAGAAAAUCAAUGACAGUACACAUUUGUCAUCACCUAACAAUGUAGACAUGUACAAUAGGUUUCCAACGAGCCAGCGUACUUCUCAUUCUUUAAUCGUUGAUUCUGUUCCAUCUUCACCGGCACUGAGAAGAACAAAAUCGAAUGUGCUCUGUAGAAAAUCAAUAACUUCUCCUGCCCCUGAACUUUUGAAUUUCAGAACGAAUUCCAACUUGAAUGAGUUCCUUGAAAGUGAAUCUAGAGGUUUAAGACACCCUUCCCAAUUAGGAAGAACGAAGUCCGAUCUAACCAUGAACCAUUUACAGAAACGACAGUUUUCUGUCUCCGACUUGGGCACAACAAGAACACCGACUUUAUCAGCUACUUCACUCAAAACACCUUUUUCACGCACAGCUAUUAAUACACACGCCAUUACGAACAACUCUUUUCGUAGAGUGGGAAAACGUAAGGAUAAUAAUGAAACGGUGCAUUUUAAUGAGUACGAAAACUCUGAGGAGAACAUACAAGUCCAAGCCACUCCGGCGGCUAAAAAAAGAACGGUGACACCCAAUAAAAAAGCACAACUUCAAAGUAUCAUCGAGUCGCCAUUAAAUCUCAAGGAUGACACGCAUGAAGAAAUAGGGAUUUCCCAGAAACAUACCUCUCUUUCUGUCUCUGUUUCAACUAAUACCUCUCUGGAAAGCAAGCCAAAAAGGAGAGUUAGAAGACGUUUAUUUGCUCCUGAAACAACAUAA